AUUCCUCGCUCAUGCUCUAAUUCACCAGCAUCACCAUCGCCGUGGUUGAUGUGGCCGGUGCUCUCUCUCCAUCACUAGCUCUCUCUCGCAGCAGCACAGGCAGCUCACAUGCGUCCUUCCUCCCGGCAGCGGGCAGUUGCCUCGCUGCUGGCUCUGCAGUUAGGACGAGGCCGACUGGAGAUGAUCUCCUUCUGGCUGCUGUGCUGGAAGCUGCUGAGAGCCACGACUGGACUGAGGAGAACAACCGCUGAGCUGACAGACGGUAACCACGACGACAGUAGCUCAGGCAACGACAACCCCGUCGACAGUUCUCCUUCUCCCACACAGCCGGCAGGUCCAGAAACCAUGGAGAUCAGCGCAUCGCCACAUGUCCCGGACCUGGAGAGAGAAAACUCACUCGGCUGCUGUGCCCAAAAUGAAGAAUAUUACCCAGAAGCCUGCAGGGUGAUGCAACCAGUGGAUGAUGGCACAGAGGGAGGAAAUGGACAAACAAAUGGAGAUGAUUUCAUCUUUCAGGAGGAUAAAGAGAAGGAAGUAGAGGAUAGUGGAAAUGAAGAUAAAGGAGUGAGCAACACAGAGGAGGUGGUAGGAGAUAAGCCGGAGGCUGAAAAGGAUGAGACGACUCGAGAAAUAAAGGAGGAGUAUACUGGAAAUGAGGGAUCAGUGCUAGAAGACGAGGAUGGCUGGAGAGAUGAGACGACAGCGGAGGUCAUAAGCGAUUUCCUGACGGAUCAAAUCUUGACUCUUAACAGCCCGUCUUCAUCGCCUGUUAAAGACUUGCUACCUCCAGAGGGAGCUGCUGAAAUGGGGUCGCAGGACGCCUGGUGUCACGACGACACAGACGACUUCAGCAACGAUCACAUGAGCGACUGCAUCCAGGCAGAGCUGGCUAUUGUCUACUCCGACAGCGAUGCCGCUGAAGACCCGUGGGCCACGUUCACGCAAGAUGCACACCAGGAGGAGGAAGUUCAAGAUGGGGGGCAAGUGGAGGACGGGUUGGACAUGGGAGCGGAGGAGCAAACAAUGCAGGACAUAAACAGUGAGCAUCAGAGAAGAAAAGGAGCAGAUGAGGAGGACGCAAUGAGGAAACGGCGAGAUCUUUUCUUGAGCUCCCCAUCGGAGAGCUUGAGCUCCAGCUGUGCAGACUCUGAGAGGAAGGUUCCUGGAGAUUUCUCCAUCACACAGGACACGCAGAGUGAGAACGUCUCCUCGGAGCAUUUGGACUUCAUGUUUGCUCGGCAGCAGUGGAAGAAGAUGGAGGAACAGGCCAAGGGCAAACCUAUUCCAACGCCUGGACUGAGAGUUCAGGAGAGCUUUCAGGGCACUCACUCGUCCCUUUACCCUCCCACCCGCAGCCCGCGACUCAAGCGAAGGGAAAACCAUCUGCGUGGCUCCAGGGAAACUCCCUUGUCCUCCAUCUUGUCCCCAAGUUCUGAAGACUCAGGCCUGGAUGACUUGUCGUUUCGAAGCACACUGGAAGAGCCCGAGAGCGCGGUGGAAAGAGAGAUCCGACUGACAUUGGAGCGAGAGGAGCAGCACCGAAGGGAGACGGGGCUCCUUGCACAAGGCCUUGUUCCAUCCCGACCGUCCACCCUGCUGACAGGACAGUCACCACCUCGGCCCCCAGCCUGUCGCACCCCGACCCUGUCCAUCUCCCCCUCUCCGACCUGCUCCUCCUCUCUUCCUCGGUCUGCCUAUCAUGAAAUGACAGCUAAUAAUGUCAUCAUCCUGGAGCCUGACUCCUCCAGCUCCACCACCAGGAACUGCCUCCUCUCCACUGCCAUCGGUGGUCUCCCUGAGUGGUCUUCCAGCGUGGAUGCCAAGCCCUCUGCCAACAUCAUCGUGGUAGAAACCUCCAACCUGAUCAUCCGGAGCGCGUCGGAGUUCUGCCUCAGCUCAGCUCCUCUCAGCGUGGAGACCCAGGAGAGCACCUUCUCGUCCAAUCCCUUUUUCAAGCUGCGCUCCCUGAGCAGCCAGUCGCUGGUGGAGCAGGAGAUCCGUGUGGUGAGGCAGAGGGAGGAGGAGUGGAGGCGGCAGAGGGAGGAAAUGUGGAGGAGGAAGAGAGAAGAGGAGUGGAGGAGAGGGAGGGAGAGCUACGACACUGUGCUUGUGUCUCCGGGGCUGAGCGACAGCAGCCACAUAGUGGCAGAGAUUCCAGAUAAGAGCGUGUCCUCUCCUUCAUCACCCUCCAGGACUCGCAAAAUGGAGCGAUCCAGUAUGUCAUGUGAUCACAAGAGGUUUAUUUAAAUCUCCCGCUGCCUCCAGUUCCCCCCCUCCUUCUCUUGUUUGCCACGGCGGCAAAAUGCCAUGGCGCAGCGAUGGGAGGCAUCUUUGCUGGCCAAUCAGAAGAAAGAAUGAGCUGCGACGCCGCUGCCGUAACGUCCUGGCUACUCUUCCCGAAUCACAUGUCCAGAUGCGUGCGAUCCAUCCAUCUUCUUUUUUUUUCCAAACCCCAUUUAUCUUUCAGAGCCACAGUUUAAGAUUCAGCAUUUUAAAACUCCUAUUUAGUCCCACUCUGAAGGCCCACACCGGACUCUCCUUCAUUCUCACUCAUCAGCCUUUCGCACUUUGCUUUCUAUAGAUGUAAGUGGAAUUAUUUAUUCAUAUUUAUUGUUUCUAUUAAGUACUGUAGUGAACUUAUGGUUUGAAUAUAAUCAUGUGUUUUGGUAGCAAUGCAGAUCUAGGUCACUUAUUCUUUUCAUGCAGUCUUGUAUUUAUGGCAAAUACUGCUUUUAAAAUAGUCACAAAGAGAUGUGUGUUCUUACAAGCAAGUAUCCUGAUGGAAAACAAGCACUGAAGAAUGAUAUAUUAUACACCUGAAUAUUUUUACAUUUUUAUGUCUGUACGACUCCUGACAGAUGAGAUGUAUUGUAUUUUUGCUGCCUAAUAAUAUAUGAAUUCAGCUGAGCUUGAGAGCGAGGAGGUCUGCUGGAAUGUUUUAUAGGAAUAUAUUUCAGUGUGUGGAUGUGCAUGUGCGAGUGUUUGACUAUAGCCAAAGGUUUAAUGGUGAGAGGGGGCAUAACUUCAUCUUCAAGGAGCACUGGAUUCCUAAAGCUGUACAAUUAAGCAUGUUUGUGCAAUAAAGAUUUACUGAAGACA